GUUAUAUAAAAUUAUAUAUAAAAUUAAUUUUAUUUUUUUUACAGUUAAUAACAAAACAACAUGACUAAACCCAUUUUAUAUAUGGCCACUUUGAGUCCACCCUCAAGAGCAGUUAUGCUUACAGCCAAAGAGAUUGGUUUGGAAUUGGAAUACAAACCCAUCAAUCUACUCAAGGGUGAACAUUUAACACCGGAAUUCAUAAAAAUGAAUCCCCAACAUACCAUACCCACUUUGGUGGAUGGUGAUGCCACUCUCUACGACUCCCAUGCCAUUUGUUCGUAUUUGAUAGAGAAAUAUGCUAAAGAUGAUAAAUUAUAUCCCAAGGAUCUCUUAAAACGUGCUCAAGUAGAUGCUCGUCUUCACUUUGAUUCUGGUCAUUUAUUUGCUCGUCUACGUUUCCUCUACGAACCUAUACUCUAUUUUGGUUCAACCGAUUGUUCCAUAGAUAAAAUUGCCUACAUACAAAAAUGUUGGGAAAUUAUGGAACAAUUCCUAAAAGAACAUCCUUAUGUGUGUGGUGAUGAUAUGACUAUAGCUGAUUUUUGUUGUGUAGCUACUAUAACUUCGGUUAAUGAGGUGGCUCCCAUAGAUGAGUUUAAAUUUCCCAAUUUAAGAGCUUGGCUAAAACGUAUGUCUGAAUUGCCCUACUAUAAGGAUACCAAUGAAGAAGGUGCCGAAGAGUUGAAGAGAAUUUUCAAAGAAAAAUUGGCUGAAAAUCGUGGAGCCAAGUAGGAAUGAAAUAAAGAAAUUUUAUAUAUGUAAAGAUUUUAUAAUUAAAAAUAUGUAAUAAUAUUUUAAAAGAAAUAUAGAUUUUAAACAUUA